AUGUCCAAACUAGGACAGAAGAAGGCGAUCGUCGUCGGUGCCGGCGCCGGCGGUAUCGCCACGGCAGCGCGCCUCGCCAAAGCCGGCUUCAGCGUGACGGUCCUCGAGAAGAACGCCUUCACGGGCGGGCGGUGCAGCAUCCUCACGCACGAGGGCCACCGGUUCGACCAGGGCCCGUCACUACUACUGCUGCCCAAGCUGUUCCAGGAGACGUUCCACGACCUGGACACGUCGCUCGAGGACGAGGGCGUGGAGCUGCUGCGGUGCCCGACCAACUACAACGUGUGGUUCGCCGACGGCGAGAACUUCGAGCUGUCGACGGACCUGGCGCGCAUGAAGGCCCAGAUCGAGCGCUGGGAGGGCAAGGACGGCUUCGCGCGCUACCUGGCCUGGCUGCGCGAGGCGCACGUCCACUACGAGCUCAGCGUGCGCGACGUCCUGCACCAGAACUUCACGCGCCUGCUCGACCUCGCCGUGCCGCGCUUCGUGCUGACGGGGCUGCGCAUCCACCCCCUGCACAGCAUCUGGAACCGCGCCAGCAAGUACUUCUGGAGCGAGCGGCUGCGGCGCGUGUUCACCUUUGCGACCAUGUACAUGGGCAUGAGCCCCUUCGACGCCCCCGCCACGUACUCGCUGCUGCAGUACACCGAGCUGGCCGAGGGCAUCUGGUACCCCAAGGGCGGCUUCCAGACCGUGCUGGCGGCGCUGCAGCGCGUCGGCGAGAGGCUGGGCGUGACGUACCGGCUAGAAGCGCCCGUGGCGCAGAUCCUGACGCGCGACGACGGCAAGACGGCGCGCGGCGUGCGGUUGGAGUCCGGCGAGGAGCUCGACGCCGACGUGGUGGUCGUCAACGCGGACCUCGUGUACGCCUACAGCAACCUGUUCCCGCAAACACCAACCGACGACACAUCAAAAUACAGCAAGGCGCUGCGCCGGAAGGACGGCUCGUGUAGUUCUAUCUCGUUCUACUGGAGCAUGGACCGCACGAUCCCCGAGCUGCAGACGCACAACAUCUUCCUGGCGGACGAGUACCGCGAGUCGUUCGACUCGAUUUUCGAGCGGCAGACGCUGCCGCGCGAACCGAGCUUCUACAUCAACGUGCCGAGCCGCAUCGACGGCAGCGCGGCGCCGGAAGGGAGGGACUCGAUGAUCGCGCUCGUGCCGACGGGUCAUUUACUGAAGUCGAAGGGCUUCGCGCAGAGCGACGACGCCGGCGGGCUGUCGCGCGACGAGGAGGACUGGCCGGCGCUCGUGCAGCGCGCGCGGGAGUCGGUGCUGUCCAUUAUCGCGGCGCGCACGGGGUGCGUGCCGCUGCGCGAGCACAUCGCCCACGAGAUCGUCAAUGACCCCAUGGCCUGGGAGGACAAGUUCAACCUCGACAAGGGCAGCAUCCUGGGACUGAGCCACAGCUUCUUCAACGUGCUGGCGUUCCGGCCGAGCACGCGGGCCAGGGGGUUCGAGAACGCGUACUUUGUUGGUGCUAGCACGCAUCCUGGGACCGGCGUGCCGAUCGUGCUGGCGGGCGCGAAGAUCACGGUUGAGCAACUGUUGGGCGAUAGGGGGAUCGAGCCGCCGUGGAGGGGGAAUAAGGAGCGCAUUCAUGAUCAGGGCGUGAGGCAGGAUGCGAGGACGGCGGUGCUGGAUCGGAUUCAUAAGCCGUGGUCUGCGUCCUUUGUGCUCAUGCUGUUGAUGGCAGUUUGGUUUGCGUUGGUCCUGGCAUAUUGGCGGCCGUUGAUCUAG